CCUCAAGAGAAACAGUUAAACUAAAGGAGCCACAUCAUGUUAUUGUCCCUGUUAGUGAUGUUUUGGCUGUCCCCCAUUAUGGCAGUUGACUCCUGGCCAUGCAGCUACGAGCAAAUGAUUUAUUCAGUUAAGUCUCACCAUUUGGUCACGUCACCAUCAGGUAUGCUGCUUAAUUUCAGCCACAAUCACCCUUAUAUAUUGCAUCACCCAUGUGGAAAUCAUUUUUUCCGUGGUAUUUCCCCAGCUCUUUAUCUUGGAGAAAGGUUAUUCAUCAGCCUUGAUAUGUUUGAGAGCAGCAUUCUCCCUCUAACCAUCCCCAAUGGUUUUACAAGGCCACCUGCCAUUGUUAGUAGUGCUGUCUUUGGGCAGAAUUCGAUUGUGGCAGUGGUGAAUGGCGUUGUCUUUCUCUAUCUCUAUGCCACAUGGAAGAGAUGGCUGCAUUCAAAGGGGAUUACUCAUCCGGUUACUGAACUUGCCAGCUACAAAUGCUGCUUUGCUCUAAAUGAUCCUGCCUGUGACAAAGUCAAUGAACUUGUUCUGGCAUACGACUCAGGCAAUUUGGUUAGCAACAGUGAGAUCUUUUAUUCACAAAAUGGGGGCUACAUAUUUGAAUCUUUAAAAAGUAGACCAUUGAAGGAUGGCAUUCUACUUGGUAUCUAUGUUUUUGCUUCCUCAGCAAAUUUUGGAAUGCUCCUCAAGGAUGCCAGUCAUCCAGAGACUGCAUACUUCAUAUUUGGAGAUAUUGAAUCCAUAAAAAAUGAAACAGGAACAUCCUUUAAGUCAAAAUUCUUAGAAGGUUAUAUAAUUGAAAGCACACUCCCUCCUGGUAUGAGAGGUUUUAUCUUGCUAUGGACUAACAAAACAUUUAUGAGCUCCUCAAAUGAUGGACUGACUACAGAUAUUAUUACUGUACUACCCACAGACAGCUAUCCUAAUAAAACUCUUCCAGAACGUAUUUGCUUUGCAGCUGCCUCUAGUAAUGAAUUUGCAGUCCUCACUGAGACUCAGCUUUUCUACGGAAACCUGGAUAUGGUUGCUAGAAAAAUGGUACAUUUGGGAGACAAAAAUGUUUCCUUAUCCCAUGUUUCUUGUGAAGCUAUGUUAUUUGAAAAUAUUGGAAUGCUUAGCAUCAUCCGUCCAUUUCCCAGCAAUGUAUCUCGAUACUAUCAUUUUCAAAAAUGCAUCUUCAACAUCCAGGCUAAGCUCAUGACUGUGCAGCCACCACUGCAAUCCUGUCCAAUGGAGAUCCUCACGGGUGAUUUCCAUAACAGGAUGUAUUAUAUUGAUACAAAGCAGCAGCUUCAUUUUAAUGCCACGUUUGUACCAAAGCCAGGAACUGGUGCUUAUCCAUAUGUAAUGUUGAGCAAUCCAUAUGUUUUGGCAUUCGAGGCACACAUUAUGGAGGAUGGCUACACUUUUAAUGGAAACACUAAAUACAGCUUGAAAAUUAAAUUAGAAGAACAACAAUUAAUGGUAGAAAAACAGAACUCAACACUCUUCAAGAAGGUGUCAUCUGUUACUGUGGACAUCUAUAACAAAGGGAUAUUCUGCAUUGACAUGCAUCCGUUGACAGCUCUUAUUGCAGUGGACUGCCCACCUAAGAAACACAUCAGAAUUUUAAAGAAAACAACAGGUUGCAAUCAAGGUCUCUUUGAACCAAGACUACUACAGAAUUUUGUUUAUUCAAUUGAUAAGGAACUAUAUGAUCCUUUGUUCCUUGGUAGAAAAAAAUUAGAACAGGACAAUCUUAAUGUGACCUAUAAAUAUGACAUUUGGGGAUGUCCUCUUCUCUUCUAUUAUGAUAACCAGUGGCUUCCAAAACUUGAAUUAUGGGAUGACAAUGAAUUUGUGGAAAACGUUCAUGCGGAUUUUGUACUGUAUGAAAUAAAUGGAAUGCACAAUUAUGAUUAUCUCUUGACUGAAGUACAGGCCAAUUGUUUGUCAGAGGCCCAGAACUGGAUCAAACAAUUAGCAAAUUUUCCAGGCUCUCCACACAUUGCAUGGACUAAAUAUAAUUAUGUGAGUUGCAAGCAACCCAAAGGAAACAAGUCUUUACCAUCAGUUAAUUCAAAGUACCAAGUUUUAAACUGGAAUGAAAGAAAUAGAAUACUUUUUCCACAAUACAAUGGUUUUUAUGUCUUCAGAGCUACGAUUGUAGAUAGGUUAUAUAGCUAUUGUGACCUUACCACAGUUUUCAGUGUGUACAUUCAUGGAUCCCCCCCCAAAUCUAAGGUCAGUGUUGGGAAAGCGCUAAUUAGUUUUCUUGUUCUCAUAUUUGGCACAAUGCUGAUGGUUUAUUUUUUUCUUAAAUUACUAAAGGAAUACUCAAGAAUGAAAUAAAUUUAAGCCAUCUCAUUUCACAACCUACUGUAGAACAAUAAAUGUGAGUGUAACUAUACUAAGAUUUUUUUUUCUUUUGCUCCCUGGUUUGAAAUAAGAAUAUACUGUAAUAAAUGUUACGUUUGUAUAUG